AUGGUUCGCAAGUACGAAAUAUUAAUGGUUAAUGGAAAAGAACGAUUGAUAAAACUAGUAUCAGAAAGUAAUAAUAUUAUGCUUUAUUAUGUAUCAAAUGAAGAGCUUUUUGAUAUUCUUCAUACUACUCAUUCAUCUAUUGGACACGGUGGGAGAAAUCGAAUGGUUGCGGAAAUAAAAAUUAAGCCUUUAAAAAGUAAACGUGCAGAGGAGAUCGCAUAUAAUUUACUUGACAUUUACACGACCUUUGGCGCACCGGCUAUUUUGCAGUCAGAUAAUGGCCGUGAAUUCGUAAAUUCGACUAUAACUGAACUACACAAUAUGUGGGAAGACGUAAAAAUUGUUCACGGUAUUGGAAGAUCUCCUUAUGAAGCCAUGCUCGGCUGUACUGCCAAAACAGGACUAUUAUCGAUUGGUCUACCAAAUGAUAAAAUAAUUUCAUUAAAAACAGAAGAAGAUAUAGAAGAAUUGUUUAAUCAAAUGCAAGAAACUAGAUUACAUGAUUCAGCACAAAAUAUUGAAGAAGUUGUUUCACCAAUUUCAGAACACCAAGAAAAUAUGAUAGAUACAGAUACAAACCUAAGAAAGUGUGAAACAUGUUUUAUUUCCCUGGAAGCUGACAAUGAAAGUACAAAUAGCAUGAAUUGCCAACGUCAUGAGCAAAUACAGAAUGAACGACUUAAAUCAAGUGAAUGCCUUAAAAAACAAGCCAAAAAAAUGGUGACUAUUUCAAAUAAGAAAUUUAGUCUACUAGAGGUUGGUACCGCAGUUAAGGUUUCAAUACCUGGUGUUGAUCGAGCACGUGGAUCACCACGAAAUUUAUUAGCAGUUAUUACCCAGGUUGAAGACGAUUUAUAUAAAUUAGGUACGGAAAACGGCAUUAUUAAACACAUGUAUACUCGAUCGCAGAUUGAUCCUUGCAAAGAGAGUUUCGUUGAUUUGAAAUCUGUAAAAACCGAAAAAGAAAUUACGCUGAGAGAAGCUGCAGGUUUUAAUAGUGUCACUGGAUCCCAAGGUUACAGAAGGUGCAAUUGCAAACUAAAGUGCAGAACAAACAAAUGCAUUUGUCGAUCAGCGGGAAUAUUGUGUAAUUCAAAAUGCCACAACAGCAUGCCUUGCGAAAAUAAAUAA